AAACGCAUUACGUAAAAGCUUUCUUCCGUCGCGUGUUCGCGAUUAGGUCUGAACAGACAUUGCACAUUGCCGUGGAAGCGUACAUAGCAACGGACACGAGCUGUCGAUCCCCACCAUGCCGCGUAAUACCGAUCUACAUCGAGCUUAUCUCCAGUCCAUGUUAUCAAGACGUGUUCUGAGGGAAGAAGUGGGACUGGAGCUAUACAAGCGAGCCAUUACAGCUGUUCGCGCUAGUGACGAGGAUUUUGAGCCUACUCAUCAGCCUACAAAGGAUGGCUUCAUGAGUUUCCUCGGUGAUCUCAAUAAUACGCUUGAAAAGUAUGGCAUGUUGCUUAAGAGGGAGAGGGACCAAACUGCAAAGGGAAGAGGAUGGGUGGUUUUAGUCAACACAGAAGCCAAUGAAGUUGCGAUGGCUGGCUCAGACCUGACACCAAACGAAUUGGCGUAUCUGAGAGAUCUGCUCGCGGAAAUUGUCGAAUCAUAUCCUGCCAACUCGAUCGGCUCCACUCGUGCGCUUAAGCUCGCAGGCGAACAACAGACAAAGAUGGCAAAGACAGUAGCGGAGGCGCUGUUGGAGAGUAUGGUAUCGAGGGGAUGGUUGGCGAAAUCGAAACGUGGGAGAUACAGUCUCGGUGUCAGAGGAUUACUCGAGCUGGACCCCUACCUCACUUCCAAUUUUGCGGAUCUACUGCGAAAAUGUGCGCGGUGCAGCAAGCUUCUGACGAUAGGAUGGAAAUGCGAUAAUGAAGAAUAUUCGUCCCAAGGCGACAAUCAUUGGCAUUUGGCCUGCUUCGAAGCCGUUAAACGGAUCUCGCGAGGUUCAUGUCCCGCCUGUCGCAACUCCCUCGAGGAUGUCAAACCUAUAGGCGAGGCUGCUGUAUCAGUUGCUCAGGAUACAUUCAUCAAUGGCAGCAGAGGAAGGAAGAGGAAGAGCGGAGGACGACGAGUAGCAGAGGAUGCGAGUGAUGAAGACGAGGAGCAGAUGAAUGAAGAGGAAGAUUUCGAAGAUGAGGAGGGAAUGGCGAGUCAAAGCCACGAUCAGAGCCAGAGUCAAAACCAGAGUCAAAGUCAAGAACAGAGCCAGACUCAGACACAGCCUCGAAGGGUCAGCGUCAGUCCAUGUUUCCCUCGCGGCAUUGCUCCUGACGGUUUUAAUUCUCCUCCAGGCCCGCUGGGCGGUCGAAUCGGAUGA